AUGAUCUAUAUUGAUGUCCUGCAAGCUCUAAAGAUAGUACAGUCACGAUGGUAUCCCGUUAUCAGGAUUAAGUAUGUAGUCGAUUGUGAAGUUGGAUUUCUCGAGACUCUCUUACACAAUUUGGAAGAACUAUCAAUUUCUAGUAAUAACGUAGCAAUAAAACAACUUCAGGAGAUGCUCAGCUUCUUGAGAGACAAUCUCACCAAACUACAGGCCCUUGAGUUUCAUUUUCAAGAUAUCGACUCUGUGAUUGUUGAUGCAGGACUUCCGGUUUACUCAUUAAUUGUAAAGGAGAAGGAUAAGGAAGACACGGCUGUGGGGGAAACGAACAACGUACUAGUUCUUGAUCUCCAAGGUAAAAUUCAGAAUAUGCAAGCAAUGAUCUACCUCAUCACCAGAAAAACAUUUCUCCUUCAGCUCAACUUACCUGGAAUUGAUGGAGUAGGCUCUGCUGAUUUCAUUUUAGACAACAAGGAGACGUUUUUAAGCCUCUAUUCAAAUUCAGUAGAGUCUGUGAAGAGCCAACUUCAGACAAUCCAGAAAGAACUUAUGUGCUUUCAAGCUGUUGUAAAACAGCAUGGCGGACUUCAACAUUUUGCAACACAGGUGAUUGGUUUGGUGUAUGAGGUAGAAUAUAUAUUUGAUGCUUGUAAGAAAAAAGAUAUUCCUGGCUGGUGUCUUCUUAUCUGGAUCUUGAAUGUCGGAGAGGACAUUAGAAUGCUCAUGGCAGAGGUGGCAGAGGUUCAAGAAAAGAAUGCAUUUGACUUUGCUUUGCAUAACACCACAGAUGCUACCAAUGCAGAUACUUAUUCACAUUUUGCUAGGAUUCCUGGCAUGAACGAAGAAUUGGUUGGCCGUAAGGAUGUGAUGGACGAACUAAGACAUAAACUAACUAAAGGAUCUUCAAAGAUUGAUGUCAUCUCUAUUGCUGGGAUGCCUGGAGUGGGAAAGACAACUUUGGCAAACAGACUAUACUUUGAUCAGUCAGUUGUCUCUCCUUUUGAUAUACGUGCCCAAAUGUGUGUCUCACAAGAAUAUACACGAAAGGACAUAUUAUUAACCAUUCUAGGUGAUCUUGUUGGUGAGACGGCUGAACUUGAGAAACAGGCUGAAAAUGUAUUAGCAUAUAAACUUCGGAAGAAAUUAAUACGCACAAGAUACCUUAUCGUCAUUGAUGAUAUCUGGCAUACUAAUGCAUGGGAUGAUUUACAUUUAUGCUUCCCAGAUGACAACAAGGGAAGUAGAAUUAUUCUGACGACUCGGAAUUGUGAUGUUGCCUUGUAA